CCCCCUCCCACAUUGCGACCCGAAGCAAGCAGCAAAGAGCUCCUCCUCAUCACUCGCCACUCACCAGCCAGCCUCACCUCUGUCCAGGAGACCAAAAGGCCGAACCAACAAGCACCAAUCCCACGGAGAGAGAGAGAAAGCUGGGCUUUGUAAGCUAACGAGUCAAAUGUACUUGUAGCUUGUACCGCCCACCAAUCACCACUGGACAGCAGCCAGCGGCUAAUAUCUCCUCCAACAGUGGAAAGAUCGAUACAGAUAGAGGAGGGAUCGAGGGAGACGCGCGCCGCGCGCCGCCGGCCGGGGAGCACUUUCCAGCCGGCCUUGAGCCAUCAUGUGCAACACCGGCGCCAGCCCUCCCCCCUCGCCGCCGCACCUUCCGCCGCCCCUCGCCUGCUUCAAGAAUUCCUCCCACCUGCUCCACCCCGUGGGUGACCACCACGACGACGACGACAGCCACCACCGCGCCCGCGCACUGGCGCUCUCCAAGGUGGCCGGCGAGGCGCGGGCGAUCGGGCGGCUGUCGGUGCCCAUGGCAGUGACGGGGCUCGUCAUGUACUCGCGCAGCUUCAUCUCCAUGCUCUUCCUCGGCCAGCUGGGGGAGCUGGCGCUCGCCGGCGGCUCACUCGCGCUCGGCUUCGCCAACAUCACGGGCUACUCCGUGCUCUCCGGGCUGGCGCUCGGCAUGGAGCCCAUCUGCGGCCAGGCCUUCGGCGCGCGCCGAGGCAAGCUGCUGGCGCUCGCGCUCCACCGGACCGUGCUGCUGCUCCUCGCGGUGGCGCUGCCCAUCUCCCUCCUGUGGAUCACCUCCACGGGCCACAUACUCAAGUUGCUCGGCCAGGACGAGGGCGUGGCCAGCGCCGCGCAGACGUUCGCGGCCUACGCGUCGGCCGACCUGGCGGUGCUGGCCGUCCUGCACCCGCUGCGGGUGUACCUCCGGUCGCAGAACCUCACGCUGCCCAUCACCGCGUGCUCCCUCUUCUCCGUGCUGCUCCACGGGCCAAUCAACUACCUCCUCGUGGUGCGCCUCCGCAUGGGCGUCGCCGGCGUCGCGCUCGCCGUUGCGCUCACCGACCUCAACCUGCUCCUGGCGCUUCUAUGCUUCCUCGCCAUCUCGGGGGCCCACAAGGACUCGUGGGUGGAUCCGACCUCCGACUGCCUCCGCGGCUGGGGGGCGAUGCUCCGUCUCGCCGUUCCCACUGCCACCGCGGUCUGCCUCGAGUGGUGGUGGUACGAGCUCAUGAUCGUGCUGUCUGGGCUUCUACCCAACCCGCGCGCCACCGUGGCCUCCAUGGGAAUCCUCAUCCAGGCCACGUCGCUCGUCUACGUGUUCCCGUCUUCGCUCGGCCAGGGCGCGUCCACGCGCGUCAGCCACCAGCUCGGCGCGGGUCGCCCGGCGGGCGCCCGCCGCGCCGCUGGCGCCGCGCUCUUCAUCGGCCUCGUCAUUGGCGCCGUAGCUUCCACCUUCAUGGUAUCCGUCCGAAACCACUGGGGCCGCAUGUUCACGUCGGACUCGGAAAUCCUGCGGCUCACCGCGGUGGCGCUCCCAAUCGCGGGGCUGUGCGAGCUCGGCAAUUUCCCGCAGACCGCCGGGUGCGGGGUGCUCCGGGGGAGCGCGCGGCCCGCCAGCGGCGCUCGCAUUAACCUGGCCUCCUUCUACCUCGUGGGCAUGCCGGUGGGGUUGGCGCUGGCCUUCGGCGCGCGCCUUGGCUUCGCUGGCCUGUGGCUGGGCCUCCUGGCGGCGCAGGCCGCCUGCGCGGUGUGGAUGGCGCGCGCCGUGGCCGCCACUGACUGGGACGUCGAGGUGGCGCGCGCCAAGGAGCUGACGAAACCCACUACCAGCUCCAACAACUCCGAAUGCAACACCAACACAUCAAGCGACAGUGCUGCCGCUAGCACCAAAGCAGCGGUAACUACUGGCAAUGCCGGUGGAAACAAGAACAAAAACGGCUACGUGCCGAUCAGCGAGAGCGGCAACGACGACGCGCUACAGAAGCUGGAGGAAGGGCUCAUGUCCAUGACCAGCUCUAGCAGCAUCGGCAGCAGCAAUGGCGACACGAAUGCGGUGGAUGGAGACAGCGAGAGCAGCAGCAGCAGCUUCAGCGGCAGCGGUGCUGUUUGUACGGCGGAGGAAGGAAAGGAGCAGUGCGUCUCGGAGAGGGCCCCGCUCAUCAGAGUGGGGGACGUGGAGGAGGAGGCGCACGAGCACGAUGGCGACGGCGAUGGCCGUGGGGGCGGCCAGGUCUAGUGUGGUCGCUCCAUGGAUUGGUUCUGGGUUUUGAUAACUCUAGGCUGUUGCUAUUGACUUGUUUGAUCCAUCUCCACGCCAUCUUCUUUUUCGGUGGCGAGGUUUUGAUAAAGGGCGAGCGAGCGAGCGCGCGAGAGAGAGAGUAUUGAGGAGGGAAUGAUUAUGUAUAUUGGCCUUCUUAUUUUUCACUUUUCUUGCUUAUCAUUACCCCAGAUUGGUACUAAGCACAACUCCUGGAAGCCUUGUGUAAAUACUAGCCACACCAUAAGAGGUCCAAUAUAUAUUUAUAUUUAUAUAUUCAUUCACCAGAGUGCAUAUAUUA